CAACAACAGAGACGAUACCUUUCACAACAGCAAUGACACCAAUGAUAACAUCAAGGUCGCUCUCAACAACUACUCCGUCAAACACCAGAUCCCCUACAGCAAUCACAGACACAACAGGCCCAGGCAUAUGGAAAUCAGCAACAUCAGUCUCAAACAGUACAGUUGAAGAAACUUCAACACAGUUGCCGACACCAGGUAACACCACAACCACGGUCACUCCGACCUGUCCAUGUGUGUGUGGUAGCGCCUCUUCGAACAUCACCAACCUGACAAAGGAACAUCUAGUGGAACUGGUAAAAGAGCUAGCGAAGGAGCUAACAGUAAACAAGAAGGAAACGAGUUCUUACAAGAGGAAACUGAUCAGUGCUGGGGACCAGAGACAAUCUGCCCAAACAAUCGGAGUUAUAGGUGUAUUGGCACUGUGUAUUCCUGUUCUUCUCAUUGUCUCAUUUGACCUGAUCAACUUGUGGUCGUUUGCUUCAAAGAAAAAGAACAAAGUUAAACCCAAAUGAUUGACUCCAAAAUGGAAUCCAAGAUUGAUGAAGGUUUCCCCGGGUAGAUGUUUAGAUAUCACCGCAUAUUUCUGAUGUAUGUAUUUAGAUAUCACCACAUAUUUCUGAUGUAUAUAUUUUGAUAUCACCGCAUAUUUCUGAUGUA